UUUGUUUGCUCAAAGCAUAAACAAUCAUGUCUCAAGAUGAUCUCUGGAAGAGACUGAAAAAUGGUGAAUCCGGCUCCUUACUAAAGAAACAUUUGAGCGAAAAAAUCUACAACGCUGUGAAGGAUAAGGUCACUUUCCUAAAGGGCACACUAGCUGACUGCAUUAGGUCAGGAUGCAAGAACUUAGAAAGUGGGUGUGGUAUUUAUGCUUGUGAUGCUGAAGCCUACGAUGUCUUCGCAGACAUUUUUGUCCCAGUCAUCAAAGACUAUCACAAAGUGAGCGAGAUCAGCCACCCCAAUCCCAACUUUGGAGACAUCGAAAACCUUGGGUUCGGUGACCUUGACCCAUCUAAGAAGUACAUUAUCUCUACACGUGUACGUGUUGGAAGGUCGCUGGCUGGAUGCCCAUUUCCUCCUACAGCAACACUGAGGGACCGAAUACAAAUGGAAGCUAAGAGCAAGGCAGCGUUAGCGGCCCUGAAGGGAGAACUGAAAGGAACGUACUAUCCCCUGUAUGGCAUGGAGAGAGCCACACAGGAUCAGCUCACAAUGGAUCACUUCCUCUUCAACGACAGUGACAGAUUCCUGAGAGACGCCAGUGGAUACGACGACUGGCCAGUCGGCAGGGGGAUCUUCCACAACCCUAAGAAGACGUUCCUUGUAUGGGUGAACGAGGAGGAUCAUCUCCGACUUAUCUCUAUGCAGAUGGGCGGUGACCUUGCAGCUGUCUACAAACGAUUAGUCACGGCAGUUGAAGCGUUGGGGAAAACUGAAUUGAAGUUUGCCCAUCAUCACAAGCUGGGAUUCCUAACCUUCUGUCCAACGAACUUGGGAACCACGCUCAGAGCCAGUGUUCACAUCAGAAUCCCCAAGCUUUCCAGCAGCCCCGAAUUCAAAGCCUUCUGUGAUCGCUAUAACCUACAAGCUCGUGGCAUCCAUGGAGAACAUACAGAGAGUGUAGGAGGAGUGUACGACAUUUCCAACAAGAGGAGACUGGGUCUGACCGAGAUCGAGGCUGUACAGGAAAUGAGAAAAGGCGUUGAGGCUGUGAUUGCAGAGGAGCGGAAGUUGGACGGUUCCAGUACACCAGCACCGGUUGAAGAGUUGUGGGGUAAACUGAAAGCAGCAACCGAUUCUAAAUCAUUGCUUAAAAAAAACUUGACCGAGGAGAUAUACAAUGAGUUAAAAGACAAGAAGACAAGUUGUGGUGGAACACUGGCAGAAUGCAUACGAUCAGGUUGUGAGAACACUGACAGUGGUACGGGAAUAUAUGCUUCUGACCCCGAGGCCUAUGAUACAUUUGGUGCCGUUCUCAUGCCCGUGAUCAAGGACUACCACAAGGUCGCCGAUGUCUCCCACCCGGCCUGUAACUUCGGGGAUGUAGAUAACCUCAACUUUGGCGACCUUGACCCCGAAAACAAGUUCAUCGUCUCCACACGUGUGAGGGUUGGCAGGAGCCAUAAGAGCUUCGGUUUUCCUCCAACAUGCAACAAAGAGGAUCGUAUCAAAAUGGAGGAAAUGUGUAAAGCUGCACUGGAUUCUCUGGACGGGGAACACAAAGGCACAUACUUUCCUCUGGUGGGAAUGUCUGAUGACGUCAAACAACAGCUUACAGCAGACCACUUCCUGUUCAACGAUAAAGACAGGUUUCUGAAGGCCGCUGGUGGAUAUGACGACUGGCCGCACGGCAGAGGAAUCUUCCACAACCCCGACAAGACCUUUCUCAUCUGGGUUAACGAGGAGGAUCAUCUGCGAAUUAUUUCCAUGCAGAUGGGUGGUGACCUUGGAGCUGUAUAUAAGAGACUUGUCAAGGGGAUCCAAAAAAUGUCAGAAAAACUGGAGUUUGCCCGUCACGACAAACUAGGCUUCUUGACAUUCUGUCCUACCAAUCUUGGAACAACUCUCCGGGCCAGCGUCCAUAUCAAAAUCCCUAAGUUAGCUGCUACUCCAGAAUUCAAGGAAUUUUGUGAUAAAUAUAACAUCCAGGCCAGAGGUAUCCAUGGAGAGCAUACAGAAAGUGUUGGAGGAGUGUAUGACAUCUCCAACAAGAGGAGACUGGGUCUGAGCGAGUACGAUGCUCUUCAGGAAAUGAAGACAGGCGUGGAAGCCGUGAUUGCAGAAGAGAAAAGAUUGUCAUAGA